AUGACAGGCACUUCUGGAAUGACAAUAUACCAGACCCCAUCUAUUACUGUCAUAGAAGGGAACACUACCAUAAUGAACUGCACUUUGUCAGAAGAAUCUCUUGGACCUGUCCGAUGGUACAAGUGGAACAAUCAGCAGCAGCAGCUCCUGUACUCACAGUCUGAAAGUGAGAAACCAGACCCACGAGUGAGUAGGACUGUAAAGGAAGGCCCUACAAGAGAGACUGAUCAUUCUAUAACAUUUACACUUAUUCGCUUGGAAGAUGCUGGGGUGUAUUACUGUGUGAAGUUCAAAUCUGACAAGGUAACUGUGGCUGCAAAUGGAUCAGGAACACACCUUUAUGUGAACAGAACUUAUGGAGAUAAUAUAUACCAGACCCCAUCUGUUUCUGGCACAGAAGGGGGAACUGUCACAAUGAACUGCACUGUGUUCAUUGAAUCCUUAGGACCUGUUAAGUGGUACAAGGGAAAGACUAUGCAGAAGUUCCUUUACUCACAAGUCGAAAGUGACAAACCUGAUGCCCGAGUAAGCAAGACUACACAUAAAGGCUUAAACAGAGAUGCUGAUUUCACCAUCACAUUUAGUAAUAUUAACUUAGAGGAUGCUGGGACCUAUUACUGUGUGAAGCUUAAAUCAAACAAGGACACUGCCGGGCUAGUAGGAUCAGGAACCCAACUUUAUGUGAGCAGUGAGUACAAAGCCUUUAAGGAAUGA